GCUUGGUUAGUUCUGCAUUUUGCACUCCACGCCCCCAACUCCCGGAGCUUCGAUUUCUGGAGUUGAUGGCGGUUCGUCAUCAUUGAAGUGUAACGCCCCGGCCAAAUAAAAGUGGGAUUUAAAAGCAAAAGCAGCAAUGGAAAGCACAAGUGGCAGGGCCAAAUCUAGGGAAAAUGGGAAGCUGUUGCCAUUUUCCCAUUUCUCCUCCCACCCUGCCGCGCCGAUGCAAUCCGUGAUCGAGGAGGAGCAACCCUCGUGGCUGGACGAUCUUCUCAGCGACACGAGGACUCUCUUCCACAGAGGCCACCGGCGCUCAGCCAGCGACUCUUGUGUUUACCUGGAAGCGGAGGCGUUUGUGUUGGACGACGAAUCCGAAUUUGUCAACGCCUAUUUUGGAUCCCCUCCGGGACCUAAAGACCAAGAGAAAUUCACAAAGGAUUCAGGAGAAGUGGUUUCUUUGGUACAUGAUUCUAGUGAACAGAACGUCGAGGGAUCUGCCGACUGUCAAGCGAAGAUUGAUGGAUCCAAGACAGAGUUAAAACGCGCUAAGCAGCACAAUGCGCAGCGGUCGAGAGUAAGGAAGCUUCAAUACAUAGCUCAUCUCGAGAGGACUGUUGAGAAUCUCAAGGCGGAAGGAGCUGGAGUCUCAGCCGAGCUCGAGUUCAUGGAGCAACAGAACAUGCUCUUGACAAUGGAAAACCAAGCACUGAGGCAGCGGCUCGAGAGCAUCUCCCAGGAGCAGAUGAUCAAACAAUGGGAGCAAGGUAUUCUGGAGCGAGAAAUCGGGAGGCUGCAGUCUAUGUAUCACAUGCAGAAGCAACAACAGAUGCAUCCGCAACAUAACCAACUUCCUAAACACAGACGAAGCAGAACCAGCCUCGACGAUCAUGUCAACCAUAGUAUCGCCAUGAAGACCAAGGAUGCAAUCCCCAACAAUGGUCCCAUUCGCGUCUAAAUUAGUCUAGUUUGGUUCUUACUAUAUUUGUUUCGUCGCUCUUUUAGUACUAGUGCAGAUUUUGCCACAACCAUUAUCGCUUCUACUAGUUUUAUUUAUAUAGGCAGCUUUCUCUAAUAGAAGUGACACACUGAUUAUAAAAAGUGGUUUUUGAGUUCUAGUUGAAGGAGAGUUUUACCUGUUUUUAUCAAAAAAUACAUUUCCAUUAAA